AUGCUCGAAUCGACCAUGAGCUUCCUGGCGGCUCGAGAGGAUGGGAAACACCCCCCCGCCAAGCACAAGCCCGGCUUCCCACCAGAAGAAGACGUCGCCGGCCAGCCGUUGAGUCGCCGCCGCUCGCAAGAUCACGAGGGCGAGGACGACAGGGUUAUUGACGGAUCCCAGCCUCCAGGUGCGGCGGAUCGGGGCAGCGUCGGACUCCCAUCGCCCAGCAGUAGCAGCCAUCUCUCCGACCUCGACCUGAACCUGGAUCCGGACCUCAUUUUGGACCCGGAUCUGCCCCCUCCCUUGUCCUGUCCCAGUGAAGUGUCCAGCAUCCACUUCUCCAGUCCAGGGCCUGGCAUUCGCUCCUCUCCACCUCAGCACUCGCCCGGAGCCAGUACCCUCCCCGGCGUCGACCAAGAUGCUGCUCGUGCUUCGAGACACGACCUCGCCAGCCGUCUAACCCAGCUUGCCACCGUUCUAAUCUCCAAUGACGGGUUGGCUGCGGGGGAGCUUGCCGGAGGAGGACAGCUCGACCUCCUCGAACGAGUGGUCGGGGAGAUGCUACGCCCAGAGACCUUCGAGCUGCACGCCCGCUCCUGUAUCGCUUCACCUCCGGCCUCCUCCCCGAUCCCCUCAAGCCUAUGCCGCUCGAAUUCGCCUCGACAACGCGAGUGGAGGUCCGAGAUGGAGGCAACGGGGGCCGACGCCAUCGAGAACCCUCCCGGGAGUGGAGCCGAGGUCAUUGCCGAGAUGCUGAAGCUCAACCACGAGCUAUCUGCCGUCGUGGGCAACCUUCGUGCCCGUCGGGAAGAGUCUGAUCACAUACACUAUCUCCUCAUUGAACGUGCCGAGCAAGCUGCGCGCCGCAUCAUCUUUCUGCAAAAUCGCUUGGCCUACCUGGAACGAGAGCUUCGAGACAAUGACGACGAGCUUCUCCAACUUCGCAUUCGUCUCAAAGCAGUCGAGGUUCAGAUGCCUCCCCAUCCUGACGAGGAGCUGCAGCGUUGCAUUUCCACCUUGAAAGGGGACUUGAAGGCCCUCAGGAAAAAGCGACCGUUGUCUGAGCUCCCCUCCAGUCCCGAGACGGCUGAAAUUUCACUCUUGACGUCACCGUCUCACAUUUAG